CGCGCACGCGCGCUGGGGUCCGGCCCGGGCAGGCGCGCGGCCCGAGGACUGCGGGUGAUUAGCCUGCAGAUCCCCAUGGUCUGACCUGCUGCCCCUUCAUUGACAUGGCCCACCGGGGUGGGGAGAGGGACUUCCAGACUUCGGCUCGACGCAUGGGCACCUCCCUGCUCUUCCAGCUGUCAGUGCACGAACGGGAGCUGGACCUGGUUUUCCUGGAUCAUAGCUAUGCCAAGCCAUGGAGUGCCCACCCAGAUGCCAGUAGCGCCCGCCCCACCCGCAUGCUCUUUGUUACUCCCCGGCGGCAGCAGGAGAAUACCAUUGAAUCAGAUGUCCCAAUAGACGUGGAGACAGUCACAUCGACUCCUGUGCCACUCUAUGACAAUCAGAAGGCUCGCAGUGUGAUGAAUGAGUGUGAGCGGCAUGUCAUCUUUGCCAGGACGGAUGCUGAUGCCCCACCCCCACCUGAGGACUGGGAAGAGCACGUCAGCAGGACUGGCUGGACAAUGGCCCAGAACAAGCUAUUCAACAAGAUCCUCAAAGCCCUGCAGUCUGACCGGCUUGCCCGCUUGGCCAAUGAAGGGGCUUGUAACGAGCCAGUGCUGCGCCGUGUUGCUGUGGACAAGUGUGCGAGGAGGGUACGGCAGGCAUUGGCGAGUGUGAGCUGGGACACCAAGCUGACCCAGUGGCUGCACACUACCCUCGUGGAGACCCUGAGUCUGCCCAUGCUGGCUGCCUACCUGGAUGCUCUGCAGACACUGAAAGGGAAGAUCCCGACCUUGAUUGACCGCAUGCUCGUGUCGUCUAACACAAAGACUGGGGCUGCUGGAGCGGAGGCCUUGUCUCUUCUGCUGAAGAGGCCGUGGGACCCUGCUGUCGGUGUCCUUUCUCAUAAUAAGCCAAGCAAGCUCCCAGGCUCACCUCUGAUUCUCAUCGCCUCUUCGGGCCCCUCCAGCUCCAUGUUUCCCACCUCACGCCGCCACCGCUUUUGGCAGUCUCAGCUCUCCUGCUUAGGCAAGGUCAUCCCUGUGGCCACCCACCUGCUGAACAGUGGCAGCGGGGUGGGUGUUCUGCAGUGUCUGGAGCACAUGAUUGGGGCAGUGAGGAGCAAAGUGCUGGAGAUUCACAGCCAUUUUCCACAUAAACCUGUUAUUUUGAUUGGCUGGAACACCGGAGCUUUGGUGGCCUGUCAUGUGUCAGUGAUGGAAUAUGUCACGGCUGUUGUCUGUCUUGGGUUUCCUCUCCUUACUGUGGAUGGCCCUCGAGGGGAUGUGGAUGAUCCCCUCUUGGACAUGAAGACUCCAGUCCUAUUUGUCAUUGGUCAGAACUCUCUGCAGUGUCACCCUGAAGCCAUGGAGGACUUCAGGGAAAAGAUACGGGCGGAGAACAGCUUGGUGGUGGUGGGAGGAGCUGACGAUAACCUCAGAAUAAGCAAAGCAAAAAAGAAAUCGGAAGGUUUAACUCAGAGCAUGGUGGACAGAUGUAUUCAGGACGAAAUCGUGGACUUCCUGACUGGGGUUCUUACUCGCACUGAGGGCCAUGUGGGCUCAGAGCCUCGGGACCAGGAUGCCGAGAAGAAGAAGAAGCCCCGCGAAAUGUCCCGCAGAGACCUGGCCUUCGAGGGCCCUGAGCGGGGCAGUCGGCCUGCUUCCCCGGCUGCCAAGCUGCCUGCCUCGCCCUCAGGCUCAGAGGAUCUCUCCAGCGUGUCCAGCAGCCCCACCUCCAGUCCCAAGACUAAAGUGACCGCAGUGACCUCCGCCCAGAAGUCCAGUCAGAUUGGGAGCUCUCAGCUGCUGAAGAGGCACAUGCAGCGGACAGAAGCUGUGCUGACCCACAAACAAGCCCAAGCACAGUUUGCUGCUUUUCUGAAACAAAACAUGCUGGUGAGGAAAGCUCUUCCUCCCGGCACCUCCUGUCUCGUCGUUCCCAUUUCCUCAGAGCCGGCAGAGGAGACAGAGAAGGAGGAGCUCAGGGUCCAGCUGAAGCGGCACCACCCCUCUAGCCCCCUUCCUGGCAGCAAGGCCUCCAAGCGGCCCAAGAUCAAAGUGUCUCUCAUCUCACAAGGGGAUGUGGCUGGAGGGGCUCCAGAAGCUGCAGGAGGAAAGCCCAUUACUGUGACGCUGGGACAGGCGUCCGCAGGGACCAAGGAGCUCACUGGGCUGCUCACUACCGCCAAGUCAAAUGUUUCUGAAGGCGGAGCCACGGCCAGCCCCGGGGUCUCCAGUGGCACCUCACCCAAUGCCCUGCAUGCGCUCCAGAGCCGCCUGGUGGCCACAUCUCCUGGAAGCUCCCUCCCAGGGGCCACUUCAGCCAGCAGCCUCCUGCAAGGCCUCAGCUUCAGCCUGCAGGAUAUUGGCAGCAAGAGCUCCAGUCUCCCGACAAACCCCUCUUCGGGCCUGGCUGCACAGGCCACCAGUGUGAAGCUGUCCACCCCCAUGCAGAGCCUGGGUGCCAUCACCACAGGCACCAGCACCCUUGUCCGCACCAUUCCAGUGGCCACCACUCUGUCCUCCCUGGGCACUGCCCCUGGUGGGAAGCCCACGGCCAUCCACCAGCUUCUGACCAACGGGGGCCUUGCUAAGUUGGCAAGCAGCCUUCCUGGCCUGGCUCAGAUCUCUAACCAAACUUCAGGCCUGAAGGUCCCUACCACCAUAACUCUGACGCUCCGUGGCCAGCCAAGCAGAAUCACCACGCUGAGCCCCAUGGGUUCAGGGCCGGCCGGGCCUGAGGAGCCUGCGUCCCAGGCGCUGGCCUCCAGCUCGCAGCGCCUGCCUCCUGCGCCCUGAAGAUGCUGUCAUGUGUCCUCCUUACCAGGUUGAUGGUAGUGGCCUCACAGUGGCUCUGGGCACAUGUGCACCUGCUGAGCUGUCCAAGCAUCUGGAGACCUCUCAUGGCAGUCACUUUGCCUCUCUGUCAGCUGUUUUCAGGGUCAGACCUCUGGGUCUUAAGCAACCAUGUGGCCGGGUGACACGGUACCUGCAAGGGAAGCGGCGCCCUCCAGUAUUGACUCUGGGUCCCAUAUGCCCGGCCUCGGCACAGGUGAGGCCCUCAUGGACCAGAGGCACUUCUUCCUCAUGCUGGUGUGCUUGACCUGCUCACUGCGUCUAACAAAGGAGCCUCCUUUCUGCAAUCAUCCUUGUACCUGGCUGGAGAAGAGGCCACACCGUCGGGGCUGCAGAGGAUCGGGAUCAGCCUGGCCGGUUGGCAAGGUCAGAAGGCUAUUGUGAACACCUCUCUUGCUUCACCAAGAAGCCAAGGAAACAUCUUUAGAAACCACACCAUAUAAAGAGAAGCCUGCUAGGAACUCCCAGAUGGAGGUGAAAACUGGUUGUGUCAUCUUUCCACCCCUUGGGCACACUAGGAUGUGGGGAACAUUGCUCCCUGCACAUGAGUGCUGGCCCCUUCCUGUUUUCAUCAUGCUGUGGGCAAUUCCCACGCCCAGAGAACCUGUGGGUCCAGAGGGGCAGAAGAGGAGAAAUGAAGCAGUCCUUGGCACAGACUGUUUGACCUUGGGGCUGCGUGUCUGGCACCCGAGGACUUGGUGCUUAGCUAGAAGUGAGGAGCAGAACUUGCCAAGCUGGGGGAAGCCCAACCCCCAUCUGUGGUGAAAGGGUAGAGCAGGGCCAACAGCAGGGGUGAUACACUGGUCCAGCUUGGGCCUCAGGCAGUGAAGAACAUGCUUCGGUGUUUCUGUUACACAGCUUCCUUCCCUAGAAGCGUGGAGGUUUAUGGUGGUUAUUCUGGGUGGCAUUCCUGGUGCCAGCCUGAGCCCUGAGGGCUGUGGUCCUAACGAAAGGGGCUGGAGUGCUGGGACCCUCCUGACCUUGUCACAGGGCUUGUGUGCAAUGUACUAUGGGAUUUGGACCUGCACCUGGGCUCAGUGCAGGCUUCCUUCCCUCCCAUACUUAGGCUGUUCCAGUCCAGGUGAUAAAUAGGGCUCAGGGAAGGGGCCUUGAGUGCGAUGGUUCAGUCCAGGUCCUGACCCAUCCAGGCCAGGCCAGGCCAGCGUGUCUUCAAGCCUCACCUGCGUGCUGGGUGAUGGCCAGAAGGGAGCAACACAGCUUGUAGUCGCAGACGGGCAGGUUGAGGGCAUAGGUGGUGAGUGGAACAGCUUCCUAGACCCCAGGCCCUCUCCCUUGCCUCCUGCUUAGAUUCACAUAGAAUUAGGCUAUUAUUUUUGCAUUAGCUGUUAAGUUAUUGCCUUCUGAAAUUCAGAAGGCAUCUAAUAAAUUUAAGGAAGAUAUGAAAUGUGGAAAGCACCCAGGGGUCAGUGUUGACAGUUUACAGGUCAGAUCAGAAGAUAACAAGAGAACAGAGAGGAGUAAGAUUUGGGCUCUGUGGAGAGGGCCCUGAGCGCCCCUCGUGACUGCAGCACAGCCCAGGCAGCACUGACGCCGCCCCUCACAGAUGGGGCCAGAGCGCCGCCCCACGUGUUGCUCUGUCUUUGUGCUCCAUCCCCCAUUCCCUGAGGGUGACUGCCAAGGCGCUCACCGCACACCUUGAUGGUCUGCACACUGCAGAGAGGGCUCUGAGAACGCUGCCUACCACAUGGAGGCCGCCAGUGACGGAAGUCUAGCAUCGGCCUCCCCUGGGCCCUCUCAAGCCACGCAUCCUACGGUGUCUCCAUUGUCUCGCAGCAGGUUCGGAGGCCACGGCCUCAGGAGGUGAUGCUCUUGGUGGGAAAUGUAGAAGGGUCACAAAGGCUUUAAAUUGUUGGACAGCAGGUGUGUGUUGCUGCCCUGUAGGUGUCAUUGGCUUUGGAAGAGAUUACCGAGGAACAAAGACCUGCCUGCAAGUGGUCCCACCACCAGAACAGUCCUGGCUGGAGCUCAGCCUCUGUGUCUACUUAGCAAAAAUAAUUAAAAACACCAAAACAGA